CCAACUCUUAUCAUAUAAUGCAUGUCAUAAAGUUUCCGAUCACCUCUCUUCAAUAAUGGAGAUUCUAGAUCUAUUCAUCUUCUCUCUAUCCUUCAUCUUCCUCGCCGUGUGGUGGCGCCGCUGUUUCUCCUCUUCCAAAUCCACCACCCUCCCACCCGGACCGCCAGGAUGGCCGCUUGUCGGAAAUUUAUUCCAGGUCCUCCUCCAGCGCCGUCACUUCAUCUUUAUAGUACGUGAAUUACGUAAAAAAUACGGUCCAAUCUUCACCAUGCAGAUGGGUCAACGUACACUUGUUAUAGUCACUAGCCCUGAGCUUAUCCAUGAAGCCCUAGUUCAAAAAGGUCCAGUUUUUGCCAGCCGGCCACCAGACUCACCGAUCCGGUUGGUGUUCAGCGUUGGAAAGUGUGCAGUCAACUCAGCUGAAUACGGUCCUCUCUGGCGAACGCUUCGCCGGAAUUUCGUCACCGAGUUGAUGAACCCGGUUAGGAUCAGGCAAUGCAGUUGGAUAAGAGAGUGGGCGAUGGAGAAUCACAUGAAGAGACUACAAAAUGAAGCGUUAGAACAAGGGUGCGUUGAUGUGAUGGAGAUCUGUAGAUUCACUGUCUGUAGCAUUCUUGUUUGCAUUUGCUUCGGAGCUAAAAUAUCGGAGGAUUGGAUCAGAGAGAUCGACAGUGUUACAAAAGAUGUCAUGCUUAUAACCACACCGCAGUUACCGGAUUUCUUGCCGAUUCUGACGCCGUUGUUUCGCCGGCAAAUGAAGAUAGCUAAAGAGCUAAGGAAGAAGCAAGUAGACUGUAUAAUUCCUCUUAUUAGGAACAGACGAGCUUAUAUAGAGAAGGGUGAAAAUCCUGACUCGUUGAUGGUGAGUCCAGUUGGUGCAGCUUAUGUUGACUCGCUAUUCGGGCUUGAGGCGCCGGGUCGUGGUCAGUUAGGAGACCAAGAGCUUGUAACACUCUGCACGGAGCUUUUUGUUGCCGGAAUUGACACUAGUACGAGUGUUCUUCAAUGGAUUUUUCUUGAGUUGGUUUUAAAUCAAGAUAUUCAAGAAAAAGUGUACAUGGAAAUUAUUGAUAGCGUAGGCAAAAAUGGGCUGAUCACUGAGGAAACUGUCGAGAAAUGGCCUUAUCUUAAUGCGGUGGUUAAAGAAUCUCUCCGGCUGCAUUCUCCGGCGCAUUUUACAUUAUCACAUGCUGCCACGGAGGAGACUGAGCUCGGAGGGUACAAGAUUCCGACGGAUGUUAAUGUUGAGUUUUACAUUGAGUGGAUGACUGAGGAUCCGAAUAUGUGGAAAGACCCGGAAGUGUUCCGACCCGAGAGAUUCUUGGAAGGUGAUGGAGUUGAUGUUGACCUGACCGGAACUAAGGGGACGGUGAAGAUGCUGCCGUUUGGGGCUGGGAGGAGGACUUGCCCCGGGUUAGCUCUUGGUUUGUUGCAUGUGAACUUGAUGCUAGCUAAGAUGGUUCAAGCUUUUAAGUGGGUACCAACUCCAAAUGGUACACCCGACCCGAGUGAGACAUUUGCAUUUACGGUUGUAAUGAAGAAUCCACUUAAAGCAGUCAUAUUGCCUAGGUGAAAGAAAUAAAUGCACCGAACAGGUGGAUGGAUUAUAUUUGUAAUUUAAUUUGUGUGGUGAAGAUUUUGAAUUAAUUAAUAUUUGCAAUAAAAAGUAUAGUUGCUUAA